AUGUCUCUAAUCACUGAAAAUUCACCACAACACUGUGCUAAAAAGCAAGAACUCAUCUCAGAAAGAUUCAUCAAAAGGCUCUUCUUUUGCAUGAGCACAAUCUUCCUCGUACUAAUCUCCAUCACACUCCUCGUUUGGCUGAUCAUCCGCCCCACAAAGCCUCGAUUUUCCAUCAAAGAAGCUCAAAUAAACCAGCUCAAAAUCACAACUCCAUCCUCACUCAACUCCUCAAUCCACAUCACUCUUGCAUCCACCAAUCCAAACGACAAACUUGGCAUACACUACGACGAAUUCGUAGUGUACGCUUCUUACAAAGGAGAAAGGAUCUCUCCGGAAGCUUCCGUAACCCCGUUCUACGUAGAUCACGGAGAAACGAAGCCUCUCAGUGCUUUGUUGGUCGGAAAUCAUCAGCCCGUGAGCCCGUUUUUGGCUUAUCAGCUUGAACGAGAUCAAGAAAUCGGAAAAUUGGAGAUGGAAUUUAAUGUGGUGGGGAAGCUGAGGUGGCGAGUGGGGAAUUGGGUUUCGAAGAGAACCCGUUUUACGGUUCACUGUAUAAUGGUUGUCCGAUUUGGGUCGAUGAAUUCACCUCCGUUGAGUACUUCCACACAAGGCACAGUUUGUUCAUUUAGUUAUUGA